CAAGCCGAGCUUUCCGUCAGACACUCAGAGGGACUUAACUCUCCUUUGAAGCGUGCGCAUCUUCAGUUCUCCACUUUCCCCCUUUGACCACCUCAACUACGCCAACAUGUUCUCGGGCAGGAAGUCCUACUCAAUUGCAGGAAGCAGUAGUGCUUCCAGGAGGUCCCUUGCAGGACCCGCAACUAGCAGCUACACCGUCAGGAGAUCCGGCUACAAUCUUGGUUCCACUUCUGGUGGUUUUGGGGGUUAUGGCUAUGGUGGUAAUGCUGGAGGCGUAAGCAUGGGUUCCUUCAGCAGCGGCUCAAUGAUCGGUGGUGGUUCUUAUGGAGGAGCAAUGAUGGGCGCCAGCAUCAACCAAGUCACAGUCAACCAGAGUCUGCUGGCCCCCCUGAAACUGGAUAUUGACCCCAGCUUCCAGGCUGUUCGCACCCAGGAAAAGGAUCAGAUCAAGACCCUCAACAACCGUUUUGCUUCCUUCAUUGACAAGGUUCGUUUCCUGGAGCAGCAGAACAAGAUGCUGGAGACCAAGUGGAGCCUCCUGCAGGAACAGACCACCACCCGCUCUAACAUCGACGCCAUGUUUGAGGCCUACAUCGCAAACCUGCGCAGGCAACUCGAUGGGCUGGGCAACGAGAAGGUCAAGCUGGAAGGAGAACUGAAGAACAUGCAGCUCCAGGUGGAAGACUUCAAGAGAAAGUAUGAAGAUGAAAUCAACAAACGCACAGCGGCAGAGAAUGAGUUUGUGGUCUUGAAGAAGGAUGUUGAUGCUGCCUACAUGAACAAGGUGGAGUUGGAGGCCAAAUGUGAUGCUCUUCAGGAUGAGAUCAACUUCCUCAGAGCCAUCUAUGAGGCUGAGCUUCGGGAACUGCAGUCCCAGAUCAAGGACACCUCUGUCGUUGUGGAGAUGGACAACAGCCGCAACCUGGAUAUGGAUUCUAUUGUGGCCGAAGUGCGCGCUCAGUAUGAGGACAUUGCCAACCGCAACAAGGCUGAGGCGGAGGCCUGGUACAAACAGAAGUUCUUGGAGAUGCAGAGCUCUGCUGGCCAGUACGGCGAAAACCUUCAAUCAACCAAGGCUGAGAUUGCUGAGCUGAACCGCAUGAUUGCCCGUCUUCAGAACGAGAUUGAGGCCGUCAAGGCACAGAGGGCCUCCCUGGAGGCUCAGAUUGCAGAGGCUGAGGACCGCGGCGAGUUGGCAGUGAAGGAUGCCAAUCUCCGCAUCAAGGACCUGGAGGAAGCCCUCCAGAAAGCCAAGCAGGACAUGGCCCGCCAGGUGCGUGAAUACCAGGAGCUGAUGAACGUCAAGAUGGCCCUGGAUAUUGAAAUCGCCACCUACCGGAAACUGCUGGAAGGAGAGGAAAACAGACUGCUCUCUGGACCAACUACAGCAACCAUCCAUGUGCAACAGUCCUCAAGCGGAAUGUCCGGCAGCGGUGGAUUUGGUUACGGUGGCGGCAGCAGCAGCAGCGGCGGCAUGUCUGCUAGCUAUGGUGGCAGCAUGUCUGGAGGAUACGGUGGCACCAUCACCAAGUCCUCCACGGUGUCCACAAGCAGUUCCAGCAGGAGAUACCUUUAAGAAGGAGAGCAGUCCCUCUCUUUCUGAAAAUCUCAAAUUGACCCCAAGAUCUGUUAACUCAUUUACAGUGCUAUGCACAUACCCCGAUGGAGCAAGCAUACCAAUUCAAAGAAUUUGCCAAAUUAGAACCAUGAGUCACUGGGUCCAUUGCAACAGUCAUCAUCAUUUAAGAGUAUCUGAAAGUAAAUGUGGCCUUCAAUAUGCGGCAGGUCAGUUGCAAAGCAAAAUGUCAUAUUCCUGCACUGACUUUGGAAAAGAGAAGCAACGGAGGUAAGGGAUGUUGAAACAAUGUAAGGGAAACAUUUGUAUUUCUUCACACUAUCUUGAACAACUGAUGCUCUGAAAGAGACAAGAAGACUGCUCCGGUCUUUACUAGAAGUCUCCGAUUUUUAGAUUUGAGUGCCGACACCAGGAGACAAUCAAUAAGGAGGAAUUUUACAUGUUUACAAAUAUGAUACAGGAAUUAUUAAACGAUUAGUGCCUCAAUCUUUCUUGGGCAAAUAAUUGCUUAUUUUUGUUGAGCAUUCCCUUGCCUUUAAUGCUUCAGUUGUGUUGAAACCAGAUUCAUUUUGGGUAAAUCCUCUUAGCAACAUGAUUGAUGACAGUUGCAACAAAUAAGAUCGCCAAUAAAUCUGAGCACCUCAUCUCCUU